GCUUAAUGGAAAUAAAAACAAAGCUUGUUUGUUUUGCAAUGUCUUUACGCCUAGGAAGUUCUAGAAACAACCGAGCGUUUUCUUUAGAAUAUUGGCACCAUGUUGACAGUUUCAUCACAUAACCUUAUAUUUUAGGCGUUCUAGAACAAAAUAUUUGAAAAUUGAAAAUUUCAGACAAAAUGGCAAUGUUCGGCAUAAUAGUUUCCGGGCGAUUAGUCCAAACCGAGUUUCAACAGCUUAAUGAGCGGCAGUUUGUAACCGUAAUCCCGGACGCUGACAAUAUCAAUCAUAUUGUCGUGUUCUUAACCGGCGCCAUCCCCUUUCCUGAAGGUUUCGCCGGCCAAGUUUAUUUCAGCUGGCCUGACCCAAACGCCCCUCCAAAUUGGCAGUUGUUGGGGUACCUUUCGAACCAGAAACCGUCGGCGAUUUACAAAAUCUCCAAUCUGAAAAAGCUCCACGAAAUGGGUGAUUACUCGAACCUGAUGUUCGGGCAGUCGCAUAUAGUGCACAAUGCGCAGAUAGGAAUCAGCAUAGAACCACUUUCGAACAUUCAGGAAGUGCCGUCGAGCGAAUCGGCGGAGGCGCAAGUGACUUUCGCGCAGAAAAUGCUGGAAAGCUUCAUGAACUUUGUCUUGAGUUACAGUGUUACCCAGCAAAACAUGCUACCUAACCCGACCAUGACAUAUGUACCAUUGUCUACCGUGCAGAGCUGGUACACAAAUUUCGAGCGGCGUUUACAGCAGAACCCCAACUUUUGGAAGUCUUAAUCAGUGUCUUAGUGUUUUUGUUUUUAAUUUUAAGUCUUAAGGUAUAUCAAGAUCUUUUUGUACAACAGUGAGAUAAGUGAAAGUAUGCAUUUCAAUGUUGUAUGAUAUUCAUUUCAUUAAAAUGCUGAUAAUGAAAAAAAAUUGUUUUUCUUCGUAUUACUUAAUGUUAAUAAUGUUAAAUAGUACAGUUCG